AACGGAAGCUGUUCUGGCACGGAUAAACACACCACACAUGCUGCAGCGGUCGAGCUGAAGUUGGAGCGAGAAGAUGGAGCAAAAGAAGAAUAACGACACCAAAAGCACCUCCCGGGAUCUGCUGCUGUGCGGUAACGGAAAAGGAAUCCAUGAAAAGCUCUUAUUGAAACCUAAAGCUGCUGAUUCACUGCACACUGAAAAGGUCCCCCGAAGUAGCGUCCUCGACAGGCUCCAGAGUUUCCUACCUCAGAUGGCCCUGGCCAAUGAGGCUUUAAAGCAGCAGAUGGAGGCGGCUCCUGCAGGUCAAUUUGACAUUGAGAGCGUAGCGGAUGCAGAGAAAGUCAUUGAGAUGGACGUUGCUCUGGUGGAGCUGGAGGGUUCAGACAGCAGCGAGGAAGAAGAGGAAUCAUCUGAGGACAGUAGCUCAGAUGAAGAGACUGUGGAAAAUCUCAAACUACCCGGCGAUAAAAAGAGAAAGGCCAACAUCCAAGUGCUAGAAAGAGAAGGAGAAUGAGAGAAUACGGCUUCUACACCACUGAACCACAGACUGGGAACUUCUCUCUUUAGAUGAGAGACGCUUUGUGCUGAUGCGGCCUUAAUUCUCACAUUCUCAUAUUCACCACUCGCACAGAGCAUCUGACGGUGACCCUGCUAAGACAGCAGUUCUUGUUUGAGCUAAUGUAAAUAUUAACCUGAAACUGAGGGUAAUUGUUAUUCAUGUGGACUCAUGUUUGCUCAGUUUGAUGUACUGACGCAUUUCACAUAGCAUGGUAAAUGCAGUGUGUUGCUGUUCUAUGGAGAUUUUGUAUGUG